GCACCAACUCAAUUGUUAUGCUAUUUGAUCAUAUCCAAAUAAUUAAUCAAUAUCACGAUUCACUUCCUAUAUAUAUAUGCUUGCGGACAGAACAUAUCGUGAGAACUAAGAAACACCCAAGAAAACAAGCAAACUAAAAAAUAAAAUAAUGGCAGUUUCAACACAUCAUCACGUGGUCCUCUUCCCUUACAUGUCAAAAGGCCACAUCAUCCCCCUCCUCCAAUUCGGUCGUCUCCUCCUCCGUCACCACCGCAAAGAACCAACCAUCUCCUUCACCGUCACCGUCUUCACCACUCCUAAGAACCAACCUUUCAUCUCAGACUUCCUCUCGGACACGCCGGAGAUAAAAGUGAUUUCUCUCCCUUUCCCGGAAAACAUCACCGGAAUCCCUCCCGGCGUCGAGAGCACCGACAAGCUCCCUUCCAUGUCACUUUUCGUCCCCUUCACACGCGCCACGAAGCUUCUCCAACCUUUCUUCGAGGAAACACUCAAGAAUCUUCCUCAAGUUUCUUUCAUGGUCUCCGAUGGAUUCCUCUGGUGGACAUCGGAAUCUGCAGCUAAGUUCAAGAUUCCUAGGUUGGUCUUCUACGGCAUGAACUCUUACUCUGCCGCUGUCUCUAUCGCUGUUUUCAAACACAAACUCUUUACCGAACCGGGAACUAAAUCUGAUACCGAACCGGUCACUGUACCGGACUUUCCAUGGAUCCGGGUUAAGAAGUGUGAUUUCGACCAUGGUACUACCGAUCCGAAAGAAUCAGGUGCAGCCCUCGAACUAACUAUGGACCAAAUCAUGUCGAACAAUACAAGCCUUGGGUUUUUAGUCAAUAGCUUCUACGAGCUCGAAUCAACAUUUGUUGAUUAUAACAACAACUCUUAUGAUAGACCAAAGUCGUGGUGUGUUGGGCCACUGUGUUUGACAGAUCCUCCUAAACCGAGGAGGGCUAAACCGGCUUGGAUUCAUUGGUUGGAUCGUAAGCGAGAGGAAGGGCGUCCGGUUUUGUACGUGGCGUUUGGAACGCAGGCAGAGAUAUCGGACAAGCAGCUUAUGGAACUAGCUUUAGGCUUGGAAGAUUCUAAGGUGAACUUUCUGUGGGUCACAAGAAAAGACGUGGAGGAGAUUCUUGGAGAAGGAUUCCACGAUAGAAUAAGAGAGAGUGGGAUGAUAGUGAGAGAUUGGGUGGACCAAUGGGAGAUAUUGUCACAUGAAAGUGUCAAAGGAUUUUUGAGCCAUUGUGGAUGGAACUCAGCGCAAGAGAGCAUAUGCGUUGGGGUCCCAUUGCUGGCUUGGCCGAUGAUGGCCGAGCAACCGCUCAAUGCGAAAAUGGUUGUGGAGGAGAUAAAAGUCGGAGUAAGAGUUGAAACGGAAGAUGGGAGUGUAAAAGGAUUCGUGACAAGAGAGGAACUAAGUCGAAAGAUUAAAGAACUAAUGGAAGGAGAAACGGGAAAAACUGCGAGAAAGAAUGUGAAAGAAUACUCAAAAAUGGCAAAAGCAGCUUUGGUCGAAGGGACUGGUUCGUCUUGGAAGAACUUAGAUUUGAUUCUUAAGGACUUAUGUAAGAGUAGAGAUUCAAACGGUGCUAAUGAGUAGAGUGUGAUUAAGGAUUGGAUAACUGAACCGGAUUUAGACCGGUUCGCUUACUAAAACCAGUAUAUCCAAUAUACACUAUGUGUAAGUCUUGUAUGGUUUAGUUGAAAAGUUGAUCUUGAUUACAAUAAAUGACUUUCAUUUGAUAA